AUGCUACCGAUGAUGCACACACCAAUCCAAAAGGUACAACAUAUUUAUCUAAUUGUUGUGUACUCAUUCCUCUCUAUUUCUAUAAAUACAAAUAAAGAUAUAAAUAUAAAUAGAAAAGAGUUUGGGUCAAAAGUAAAAAAGAGUAGUAAUCAUCUGUUGAAUACAUCUGCUGAUGGAGGAGAGCCAACAUCAACCUCAUCAUCAUCAUUAACAUAUGUCGUCAAGAAUGAAAGCGAUGAGAUAGACCUUCGAAUGAGAGGAUUAGAUCUAUCAACUAAAACAUUCAUUACAUCUCCUCACUAUGCUUCAAUCAAUCAUUUAGAUAUAGAUGCUUCUGAAAAUAGAUAUUUAAUGUCAGCAGGUGCAGAUGGAUUUAUAUGUAUUUAUGAUUUAUUAUCUUUGCCUCCACCACCACCACCACCUAUACAAUCCAAUGGUGAUGGAGUGAAACCAACAAAAAUUGAACAACCAACGAAUCAUAUAACAUGUUUGACAAAGAUUACAAAUCCUAGAAGAGACAAUAAUUUGGCAAAGGGUAUGUCGUGUGUACAAUGGUAUCCAUUUGACACUGGUAUGUUCUUUUCUGGGUCGAUCGAUGGAUUUGCAGAGGUUUGGGACACCAAUGAGGAAAAGAUAUCGAGAAGCUUUGAUUUGGGCUGUUCGGUCAAUGCUGUGGCCAUGUCUGCGAUCCCAUCAUCGACUCUGCUCUUGGCUGCUGUUACGUCGUCGCAAAAGGGACGGUUGUGCGACAUUAGGACUGCAUCGUCUACACACUGUCUGUCGGGUCACAAGGAGGGUAUUUUGUGUGUACAAUGGUCUCCAUUCUCACCACAUAUCCUGGCAACGGGAUCAAUUGACAAGACUAUCCGUCUAUGGGAUAUAAGACGAUCAGAUAAUUGUCUUAUGGCACUUGACCAACACAAUGAAAAUACGACUACUUCUUCACUUACAACUAAUUCUGGAAAUGGAGGAGGUGGUGGAGGUGGGGGUGGAGGUGGAGUGAGUAGUGGAGGAGGACUACAACCAUACGGAGCACUGAAAUCACAAUCUAGAAAAUAUUUUAAACAACCAUCUAAAUUUACAGAUGCGUCUUCACAAAACUCACCAAAUAUGGCUGCCAAAGAUGCACCGUUUGCACAUAAUGGCUAUGUAACAUCGAUUGUAUGGACCAAGAAUGGACAGGCACUUCUCAGUACGGGUAACGACAGUAAGAUUAGACGGUGGGAUAUGACGACUGGAAAGAACACCUUUACCGACUUUCCCAACUCUAUCAAUGGUUCCAAACUGUCUAAUCAAAUGGCACUGUCUUACGACUCUAAAUACCUGUUCCAUCCAAACGGCAAAACAAUCAAUCUAUAUGAUGCCAAGGAAGGUACACUAGUUCGUAAUCUCAAAGGUCACUUUGAGCGUGUUACUUGUUGUGUAUUCCAUCCCAACCAAGAACUCCUCUUCUCUGGUUCAAACGAUAAACAAAUCAUGGUUUGGGAUACAUCAAAAUAUCAACAAGAAAUUGAUCAAUCAAAUAAUCAUAUUGAUCAACAACCUCGACAAGAUGACGAUAAUAAUCAUCAAGAUUAUCAUUCACCAAAUAAUCAAAAUAAUAAUCAAAAUAAUAAUAAUAGAUUUAAUUAUUUAGAUAAUGAUUCAUCAACCAAUUUAGUAAAAGAAAAUCUAACAUUACCAGAUGUUGAUGAUUGGUCAGAUGAUGAUUAA